AACAAUUCGCACCGAUGCACCGCGCGAGUAUUGGCUAUACAGUCGGUGUUGGCUGCGGACGGACAGACACGCAAUGGUAGCAUUAACGCUGACAGUUGAGCGGUGUACGUGAACGUGAGUGGACGUUAAUGCUACGCCGGUUUGAAGUCGUUUAGUCGUGCAUUCGAGCAGAUACAAAACGUAAGUAUCUGCGACCGUGUUUUUUUUAGAUAUUUCUCGUGUGACGAUUAGUCAGUCGUUGUCGACGAAGUCGCGCCGCGUCGUGUAUAUGUGAAGUGUGAAUACAUGCAUAGGCAACUUAUAUGGAAGUGAGUGUGUUUGUUUGGUGGUUUGUUUUUCACCGACCCACGGUUCGAGGGUGAAAAGCGAAAAACUUGUUUGAAAUACACAUAAUUGUGGACAAGCGGAAGCAGAACGUUACGUUUGUGUUAUAGCACAAUCGGCAAAUUUGCUUUCAAUUUUAUGCCACCCGCUUGCGUCUGUCGCUGCACGUGUAUCGCACAGGCAAACAAAAAGCAAAAGCGAAAACAAAUAUAAACUCCUCAAACUUUCUUGAGCUCAACACAAAAAAAAAAACAGAAGUUUUUCGAGUCAGCCGUCAUUGGAGUCACUGAAGCGUUGUUGUUGUAAUUUGCUUGAUUUUUUCCCCGGUUCGGUUUUUUGCUGCAACUCCAUACGCCCGCUGCAGUAACAUCAUUAAAAAGUUUGCCAUUGAAAAGAAAAGCAAAAACAACAAAUAUAGAAAACGCAACAAACUAAACAACAACAAACAACAGCAACCACCUUUCAAUAGGCAUCAAACUCGUCGCAGCAACUCAAGCGCACUGCGGCGUAACUCUGAUAGGGAAAAAAGUUAUAGACAAAGCCGACAAAAAAGGGAAAAUUCCGCAAAAAGCGUGCAUGCAUACGCUUGCGGGAAAGUGAACGAAAAAAAAGAAAACAGCAAAGAACUCAGCCCCGCAGUCAUCAUCAACUGCCACUGACGGCGAACCAAUAGCUGCUUGAUUUUUCUUUCACAACGCCUGCACACGCUCCCUGUUGCUACAUUUGUAUUUGGUGCUGCAUUCUGCGGAUAAUUAGGCGUGGAGUCAAAUAUGCAUGUUGGCAAUUGUGGUCAUGACGGCGUAUGCAAACAGACAACAAAUAAAAGCUACAACAGCAGCAAAAAAACCACUCAUUGCAACAAAAUUCAUGCUAAAAGCUAUAAUAGUUAAUAGUAAUAACGAAAAUAAAAACCAACCACUUGAUAAGUGCAACUGUGCCGAUACUUGAUUGGUAACAGCAGCGACAACGGCAGCAGCAGCAGCAGCAAAGUGGCAAUAAAAACGUUUAACCAAUCAAAUUAACAAUCAUUAAAAUAUUCAUACAGCCGUGAAUAGUGAAAUACAUACUUAACGCACAACGAACGGUUCAAUGUGUAGUUGAAGAGAGACCACUAAUAAAAUAGUUACAUAGCUUACCUAUACUCAAAAGCAGCUAGAAAAAAGGUUACCAACAUACUUCGAAUGAAGCCUUGGAGUUAUCUUCAAUCAAACCAACACACUCGACAUUAUUCAAUAGCACGGCUCAAAAGCCGAGAACUUAUGUUCAAAAAAGCUGGUAUAAAAUUAUAAAAGCAUAACAAUAAAGUCAGCUAACAAACCAAUUAAUUCAAACCAAAAUCAAAUAAGCGACAAAAAUAAAAAUGUAUCCGAAAAACCUGCAAAACAAGCCAAAAGGCACACCAGCUUGCUCACGAUUCCGGUGUCAUACAAGCAAUAGAUGCAUGCAUACCUUAACCCUAUUCCUCAGUUGUCUGUGUGCUCUUGCCGCGCUAGUGACGCCCGCUUAUGCACUGGCCAACUGUCCGAGUAGUUGUCAGUGUGAUGACGAUACGCUGGUGGUGCGUUGCGGCGAAGGUACACUCGAUGUGCUACCCAUCACACUAAAUCCCUUCAUACAGCGUCUGGUGAUACAAAGCAACAAAAUCAAAACGAUCGAUUCAUCGCUGCAGUUCUAUGCAGAGUUGCUGUUUCUCGAUCUUUCCUACAACGAUUUGGUCACAUUGCCACAACGUACAUUCCAAUUUCAACGUAAACUCCAAGAGCUACAUCUAAAUCACAACAAGAUCGGACAAAUCAGCAAUAUGACCUUUGUGGGCUUAACCGUAUUGACGGUGCUUAACUUGCGUGGCAAUCUGCUGGCAGAGCUCGAACAGGGCACUUUUGCGAAAAUGUCAAAAAUAGAGGAACUAAAUUUGGGACAGAACCGCAUCAAUCGCAUCGAUCCGCACGCCUUCGAUGGUUUGGUGAAUCUGCGUACACUCUACUUGGAUGAUAAUACAUUGACUACAGUGCCAGCGCCCAGCAUUUUCAAAGCAAUGCCAAACUUAGCUGAACUCUAUUUGGGUACAAACUCGUUUACGUCCAUACAAGCCAAUGCUUUUAUCGAUCUAAAGGGCUUGACACGUUUGGAUUUGCGUGGUGCUGGGCUGCACAAUAUCUCUGCUGAGGCCUUGAAGGGGCCGGACGGUUUGCGAUACCUAGAUCUGGCUGAUAAUCGCUUACAGGUGGUGCCUACCAAUGCGCUAAGCCACUUAGAGCGGCUGGAAGAGCUACUACUCGGGCAGAACGAUUUUGAGGUGAUUGGUAGCGGCGCCUUUGCCGGCCUCAAGCAGUUACGCAAGCUUGAAAUCACAGGUGCUCAGCGGCUGCGAAGCGUACAAAAUGGCGCCUUUAACGCCAACACCAACCUCGAACACUUGAAUCUCUCAUCGAAUAAAAUGUUGCAGGAAGUGCAGGAAAAUGCAUUGGGUGGGCUGCCACACUUGCGUCACGUCAUACUCAAGGAAAACGAUCUGCGCACCCUAGCUGAGGGCCUGGUACCUUGGUCCGAUCUGCAAACACUCGACCUCUCCGACAACCCCAUUGUCUGCGACUGUCAAGUGCUCUGGCUACGCAAUCUGCUCGUGUCGAAGAACUCGUCUAAUGAUAAGUUGGUCGGGGUAAUGUGCGCCUACCCGGAGCCCAUGCGUAAGGAACCGCUCUCACAGCUCUCGCCCGCCAUGCUCGGCUGCUCGCACAGCGAUUCGAAGCAGCAGGCGCUCAUUGUUGUGGUUGUCGUCGUCACCACGGCCACCAUAACCGGGCUAUCGCUGCUAAUUUACGGCUGCCGGCGGCGCAUACGCGAAACGCUCAAAGGCGGCUGGGGCAAUUCAGCGUUGGGUCGCAAGGAACGCGAAUAUCAAAAAACCUGCUCCGACGAGGAGUACAUGACACGGCAGCAGCAUUCCUGCAGCCUGAGUAUACAGCCAACGAUCCCAUACACCAGCAGCAGCGGUUAUAAUAUGCACCAGACGCAGCCGUAUAUGGGCUCACGGCCCAUACCCGUCACCGAACUAUAGCUAGAAGCACCACCCCCACCUCCAC